AGUCUGUCUGUGAAAGUAGGUUUCCUGAUCCCGGAGAGACUUGGUUUGGGAAAGGAGCUGCACACUGACUUCAGCUGUACUCAGAAGAACAGACAGGUUCUCCUACAAAGGGGGAGGGGGAGAGGAAAAGUCAUUAAUUUAUUCCUGAAAAGAAAGGAGGUAGGAAAUAGAAAAGCUACUAUACAGCUAGACAUAACAUAUUUUUAAAAGAACGAUGCUUUGGAAGAUUUUGCUGCUGCUGCUGUUCUAUUACAGUGCUCAUGCCACUGUGACUCACAGAUGGAGCAGAGCUAUGCUUUUCCCAGCUGCUCAGCGAUUCAAGAGGUCCUCAGCUGCCUUCUUUAACCCAGUGCUACAAAACUCGCUGGAAGAUGUGGUCCUGCUUUAUGAGUUUCUUUUAGCUGAGCUUGACAUUGACAAAAGUCAGAGGAUCUCCAUCAAAGAUGAGGAGCUUGCUUCACUGAGAAAGGCUGCUGAAUUUGACACCAUCUGCAAUGAGAUUAUCCCCAAGAGCAUCACAGAGAUCCGCAGGCUGAGUAGCAGGCUGUCUUCUUACCCAAGGGUUCUCAAGAAAGAAGACUUUGAGAGGACAGUGCUGACUAUGGUCUACACAGCCUACAGGGCAGCUCAGUCCCAGGGGCACCAGAAAGACGCUUGGGCUGAAUCUUUUGUCAGUCUUUACAAAGCCCUGAAGCACGACUUGAUGUUUCCAUACAAAGAAGAGCCAUCACAAUGGGAGACAGUGCAAAUGGCAACACAGCCACCUCUUCGGGUUGAUAAGGGACACAUGUAGCACAUACUCCACUUUAUUCUGUCAUGAGUUUAAUAGCCUGCUUCAUGAAAGAUUAUUUGUUUUUGAGCUCCCUCUUGUGGAAUCCACUUUAUAGUUCCAUAUUAAAAGGGGAAAAAUGUUUUCAGUCCUGGGAAUUUGAUUUUUGUGCUGGCUUGGAGGCACUUCCUGUGACGGGUGAAGAAGGGAGUCUUGUGUACCUUCCAGACAGACAUACCCUUGUUUCAUCCUGUGGGUUUCCUAUAGGCAAUAUUUAAGUAUAUUAUGCUUAUGCUCACAUACCUAUGUGUAUGUGCUGGAGACUGCUGCUUUCCUAGUUAGGGAAACAAGUUCAUAUUUUGGCUGGCCAGUAAAAGAAUACUAUAAAAAGAUGCAAAAUGCAUCUGUAAAAGGAAGAGGUUUCAUAACUGUCAGCCUUCAGAAAUGAUGCCAAAUAUUAUUCAUUCCAAAUGUUCUUGUAAAUAAGCACUGUCUGAUUCACUUCAUUUGGCUGAGCAAGUUUUUAAUUGCAAUAACAUUUCCAGAAGACAAAUGGCAUUUUAAAUACCAGCAGCAAACAAUGCCUGUGAACAUAUUUCCCACUUCACAGAGGCUCCCUCCCAAAUAGUCUGCAUGAUUCUUUCAUUAUUUGCACAUGAUUUGCUUCUGCUCCUAGUUUUUUUGAAAGGAACGUGGAUUUGUCCUCAGCAGAAUCAAAGGCAAAACAAAGGCCCUAUUUAAUUAAACUAUGACACUUUUUUUCCUGUUUCUAUCACUUGAACAUGGUCAUUUAAACCUGUGCUUCAGAAUCCCCCCGAUGAAAGGGAGGAAGGUGCAUUAAAAGGUAUCUGGUGCUGAAUUUAGUAGUGGCUCAGUUUUGAUGGUGAAUUAUAUAUUCACUUGUGUAUAUGUGUGUGUGUAUGUUAAUGCAUGUUUGUUCAUGUAAGAGCUGAGUACGUGGAGGAAUCCUAAAUUGUUCAGUCAGGGAAAAAUUGCAUCUGACCACUUAGCAGAAAAGACCAUUCACCAGUCCAGUGGUGGGAAUUAUGAAUUGUGGAAAAGCAAUACUCGUUUACAGCUAAAAUUGUCUGUAGAAAUAGUGCAACUGAUUAUUAAAAGCUGCAAAUAAUAAUGAACAGAAAACAGAGAAAUAUCUUGUCAGUCAGAUGACUAGCAAUGAAAAAUACACUCUCCUAAAGCAAAUCACCUAAUUUUUGUGAACAUGUUAUAUGAAAUCUCUUUCUCUAUUGAUAUUAGAGGUGCUUUUACUCCCAGAGCAUGGGAAAACAGCUGAACAUUUAUUUCAUCUUCUCAUACCAGCACUCUCUAUUUGCAUAGUAUCUUAAAGAGACAACCCAAAUCACAAAUCCCUGAGGCUGUAAAAGAGAGCUGAGCAUCCCAGUCCCAGCCGGGAUCAUGUUUAACUGCUUUGCACCGCUUGAGCAAAAGCAAUUAACUCUUCUGUGUCCCUUAACAGGGUUACUCCAAAGACUGGAGUUGAAAAAAUCCAUCCAGCACAACCUUGUUGCAGCAAGCAGCAAAUCGUGCAAGCAGUCAGAGCACACUGGGUUUGGCAAUCACCCCUGGGAAAGUGGAACCACAGCAGCCUUAGAGGCAGGCUGGCAACAGACAUAAGCACCUGGACAAAGGGCUUGUAAAAGACAGUCAGUUUGGUUCCUUCCAGAAGUUUCUGUAGGGUUAUGCAUGAGUGUGCAUGUCUGCACUUAGAUACACAUAUGUGUAGGUGCCCUUUUACAGAUGAAAAUCUUUGUUGGCCAUCUUCAAAGCCUGGCUGGCAUGUGGCGAAGGAAACUGAAAACCUCAACCACAAAGCUAUGAGCCACAAGUAUGUCCAUCUCCUCUACUUGUACACAAAGCACAGAGCCCACAAAGCAGCCUUGCAGCACAGCCCACAUGCCCUUUAAGCCUUCAGCAUAAACAUUGAUGAUGUUUGUGUUUUCUUCCUGCACCAUACUUUAUAAACACACAGAGGGGAAAUGCCAUGGAGCCCUCUCCUGCCCCUCCCCCUCUGCUUCUUGGCUCCCUGAAGCACCAGUUGCUGGAACAGUCUGGAACCAGGGCAAUGGAUAAAUCCCUUACAGCCAGUGACUCCAAGUUAGUGAUGAUAACAAGAGCAAACACCACGGCAAGUAUUAAUUGCUAGCAGACACCAUCCAGAGAAAUAUCUCCCAGACACUGUUCUCUCCCCACAACAGGACUGUCAAGCAGUCAGAGUUUACUCAUCAGUAAGUAUCCCAUAGAAAAGAAUCACAGAUGAUUUUUAAUAUCCAAUCAUUUCCUAUGGCAUACAUACCUUACUGUACUUUACACAUUGGUAACUGAAACUUGUAUCUCCUCAACAUAAAAUAUCGUUUUUUCUGAGUUUGUUUCACCCUUCAAAUUAUUGUGUGUAGUGUAGGAAAAAGUUCUGUUCCUUGAGAAUGUGCUUGGACUGCCCAGGUUAAUUUAACAGAGA